GUGGGACUUCCCGCAUGCGCAGUAGUGAGGUAAAGCUGCCGUCCAUCCUCAAAUGACCUACAGACUGCGCCAGAGCGCGGUACUGGACGCCAGGAGGGACCCGUGUCCUGAUACCGCGUUUUUAAUUAUCCCCGAAGUGUCUUUAGUCUGUUGUGCGGUUUGUCACGGGUUCUGAUGGCUUCUAGUCACACUGUGCUCAUGCGGUUGGUAGCCUCAGCAUAUUCUAUUGCUCAAAAGGCAGGAAUGAUAGUCAGACGGGUCAUUGCUGAAGGAGAUCUGGAUAUUGUGGAGAAGACCUGUGCAACGGACUUGCAGACCAAAGCUGACCGCCUGGUGCAGAUGAGCAUAUGUUCUUCCCUAGCACGGAAAUUCCCCAAACUAACAAUUAUAGGGGAAGAGGAUCUGCCUUCUGAGGAAGUGGAUCAAGAGCUGAUUGAAGAUGGUCAGUGGGAGGAAAUACUGAAGCAGCCAUGCCCAACACAGUACAGUACUAUUAAAGAAGAAGAUCUUGUCGUCUGGGUUGAUCCUCUGGAUGGUACCAAGGAAUAUACUGAAGGCCUUCUUGACAAUGUAACAGUUCUUAUUGGAAUUGCUUAUGAAGGAAAAGCCAUUGCAGGAAUUAUUAACCAGCCAUAUUACAACUACCAGAACAAUGAAAAGGAGAAGUUAAGGGAGCACAGGAAUGAAGCAAAGGCAGGACCAGAUGCCGUGUUGGGGAGGACAAUCUGGGGAGUUUUGGGUCUAGGUGCCUUUGGGUUUCAACUGAAAGAAGUCCCGGCUGGGAAACACAUUAUCACAACCACCCGAUCCCAUAACAACAAGCUGGUCACUGACUGUGUCACUGCUAUGAACCCUGAUGAUGUGCUUCGAGUGGGAGGAGCAGGAAAUAAGGCAAGUUAACGGAUAUCCACGGGAAUGCCCUUCAAUACAACAAAGAGGUGAAGCACAUGAAUUCUGCAGGAGUCCUUGCCACACUGAGGAAUCAUGACUACUAUGCAAGCCGAGUUCCAGAAUCGGUUAAAAAUGCACUUGUUCCUUAAAGCAGAGUCUCAUUUACUUAAGUAGCAGGAGGACUUAGUUCUUAACAUAUUUUAAAAUCAAUUGGAUAAAAUUAGAACUCUACCUUUAUUCAUUGUUGAUCAGUGACUUAUGUUUAGUUACUAUACUUAGGACUAGAAGAUAGAUUUAAAGAAGUUAAAGUUGAUGAAUUAAUCAGCCAGACCAAUUUUGACAUCUGGAGAACUUAUAAAUUUAACAUGUUAUAUUUCUUUUCCUUCUUUUAUGUGGAGAAAUGAAAAAAUGGUUAGUUCGAACUGGUAUUCCAGAUCGCCUAUUAACUUGACAUUCCUAUCUUGUAAACCGGCUUUCUUUAGGGCACGGUUUUUCCUACAUCUCACUAUUGUUUUUCACGGUGAUUUUUAAAGUGUUUCUACUCCAGUUAUGGAUAUAUAUGUUAUUAUGUAUGUUAAUGAAAAGGAUUUAUGGAGAAAUUUUCUUUAAAAUA